AUGUCCGUGAAGAAGACGUCCCUGAAGAACUACGAAGGCAUGGUUUUGUUGCGACCGGACGUGGAAGAUUCCAUCAAACAAGUACAAAUGGAUAAAUUACGCACGUUAGUCGCCCAAGACGAAGGCUCUUCGUUUGAAGUCACGGAACGCGGGUUACAAAACAACAUGUACAACAUUAAAGGGUACCCGGACGCGUACCAGGUACAGUUGGACAUCUCGUGCAUGCCGGCGACGAUUAAAGAGAUGGAGAGAGUGAUGGCAAACCCGGAUAUCGGCGAGGAGGAGGUGUUUCUUAGAAGCACUUUCUUUCGAUUGCACAGAUAA